AUGUGGAAGCCGCACCUUAACUUUAUCACGUUGCAUUAUGCAUAUAUCAUAUUCCUCAGCGUCUUAGCCUUGAUCAUUGUCUAUCCACAGGGCAAUUUGAGAGCGGUUGAUGCCUACUUCUUUGGAGCCAGCGCUUCAACCGAGUCUGGGCUCAAUACCAUCGAUGUGAAGGAACUGAAAACAUAUCAACAGGUGUAUUUAUACCUAAUACCUAUUCUCGGCAACCUUGGGUUUGUUAACAUCCUGGUUGUUCUUGUUCGAUUGCGCUGGUUCAAAAGGCGUUUUGAGACUGUCGUCAAUGACCCUAACCUAGAAGAGAAAACCUUCGGUGACCGACAAGACAUGGUCAAGAGCCAUAAGUCAGAACAACCUAUUGAUUCGGAUGGACAAGGCAGCAGACGGCCUGUAGUUAUGACAGACACCCUUUCUUACCGAGGCCUUUUUCUAACGGAACUUGUCUACCUUGGCAAUAGAUCCCUAGAUAAUGUACAGGAGGGCCAACAGGUCAAUGUGACCACUGUCAAGUCGUUACGUGCGGCUACUGUAUCUUUUACAGAGGGUGUGAACACAGAUAAAAAAGCUCUGUACAUCCCCCCUCCCUGGGCGAGGGAUAGAGAUCUCGACAGAGCCAAAUCCAGCGCGGCAGAUUCCAUAGGCUUGGACUCCUCUCGCCGACAUAUGAAACACAGAUUUUCUUCUACAACCACCUCGUUGGAACGCAUUGCUUCUAGGAUAAUCACCAUGGAUCCAACUCUGAGUCACUGUCGACCGGCUCCGCCCUUAUCGCGUAUGCCGCUCUCGAAGGAUUUAGCUCUUCCCAACCUCUCUUCCAACGCGACUGUGGGUCGGAACUCACAGUUCCACAACUUGACCGAAAGGGAUAGAGAGUUAUUGGGGGGAAUUGAAUACCGUAGCUUGAAGCUGCUGCUUAAGAUUGUUACAGCUUAUUUUUUCGGUCUCCAUCUAUUCGGCGCCAUUUGCCUUGUGGCUUGGAUCCAGCACGCUGAUCCCAAAUAUCGGCAAUAUCUCGAAGAAUGUGGACAGGGUAAUGUGUGGUGGGGAUUCUAUUCGGCGCAGACUAUGGUAAACAACCUUGGAUUUACACUCACUCCCGACUCGAUGAUAUCUUUUCGUGAGGCUACAUUCCCAAUGAUCCUCAUGAGCUUCCUCGCUUACGCCGGAAAUACAUGUUAUCCCUGUAUGCUUCGACUUGUGAUUUGGUUGAUGCUCAAGCUCUGUCCAAAACAAUGGUCGGUGAAUGAGCCACUGACCUUUUUACUGAAGCAUCCCCGUCGAUGCUACACGCUUCUUUUUCCGAGUCGGCCGACCUGGGCUCUCUUCGGUAUCUUGUUUGCUAUGAACUUUGUGGACAUUCUCUUGAUUUUAGUCCUCGACCUUAAUAAUCCCGAAGUUAACAGUCUUGCGACUGGUCCUCGGAUACUAGCUGCAAUAUUCCAAGCGGCUUCUUCACGGCAUACCGGAACAUCGACCUUUAACUUAGCGGAUGUAAAUCCAGCAGUCCAAUUCAGCUUGGUAGUGAUGAUGUAUGUUGCAGUUUUUCCCAUCGCAAUAAGCGUCCGGGCGUCGAACACAUAUGAAGAAAGUUCCUUGGGUUUGUAUCCUUUCGAGGUUGAAAUCGAUGAGAGGACUGGUAGAUCCUAUAUUAUGACUCAUAUUCGCAACCAGCUCACGUUCGAUUUAUGGUAUAUCUUCUUGGGAAUAUUCUGCAUUUGUAUUGCCGAGGCUGAUAAGAUCUCGGAUACAUCGAUUCCAGCUUUUGCUGUUUUUCCAGUUCUUUUUGAGGUAGUAUCCGCCUAUGGCAAUGUGGGGCUUAGUCUAGGUUAUCCAACAGUCAACACGUCACUGAGCGGACAGUUUACCACAUUUAGCAAACUUGUGAUAUGUGCAAUGAUGAUACGAGGCCGUCAUAGAAUGCUACCGUACGAGCUAGAUCGUGCUAUACUACUUCCAAAUGAGCGGCUCUCGAAAGAUGACAGAGACGAGAUAUAUCAUUGGCCAGAAGUUGCGGGACCAGUGAAACUCACUCGCUAUCAUACCAGCUAG